AUGAUGUUUUCCAGAGAAGUUCGGUCGAUUCACAUCUCUGUAAUAAUCCGUGUUGCGAUAGCUGAAUUGCCCAAGUUUAUUGAAAAACUGUACCAAGCGAGGCUUUCCUCACUAGAAGAUUCUUCGUUGAAAUGUCAAGGCCAACAUCUUCCAUCAUUGCAGGCUUCACCAGCGAGACAAGGCAGCUCAAUGGAGCUGAGCCAACAACCAGCCAAAAUACCCACGCUAAAUCCAAGUCGACGACCGAAGAUUCCAGUUUGCAUACAGCCGUUGAAAAAGCCCAAAAUUUAUGGCUCCCCAGUUAGUCGACUGAAACGACCUGCUCGACCCUUCUCUUUACUGCCCGAUACAUCGAACAAUACUGCCUUAAAUAUCACCGUUCUCACUCGUCCACCGGCAUAA